AUGAAGUUUACUACUUUCGCCAUCGCCACUCUCCUGCCCUUGACGGCCCUUUCUGCCCCCACGGCCGAACCCGAAGGCGCGUUGCUCUUUGCCCCAGAAGUCGAAGGCGAGCUCCCCGUCCUCCAGGAUAUCAAGGCCCGCAGUCUGGAGAAGCGGGCUAUCACUGGCACCGUCACGGCUGAUGCGCUCAAGCAUCGUCAAUGCCCGCGGACCUCGUGCACGGCCGAUGGCCAGUACUCACGUGGAACACGUAUCCAAAUCCGGUGCUUCAGAGACACGGAUACGACUGUCGUCAAUGGAAAUCCAUUCUGGGGUAAGCUCCAGGCAAGUGGAGUCGCGAACAAUAACUGGGUGUCUCUUUACUAUGUUACCUGGAGUGGAGGUAUUCCCGAGUGCUAA